AUGGUGACAAAAGGACAGUGCAAAUUGGAAGAUUUACCUUCCAAACAAAUAUAUACAUAUUUUAAUAAUGACGGACAUAAAUGUGCAAAUAGUGAUUCCAAAGCACAACAGAUAAGUAGUAUUUUGAAGGAUAAAAUAAGAGACUUCUGGAUAGAUGGAGACAGAAAUUAUGCACAAAGAAUUACGAGCGCUUGGUGUCUUGUGUCUACAGUGAGUACAAAGGGGGAAACGCAAUGUGACAAAACGUGUGAUUAUUUCUACUUUUGGCUUGGGGAUAUAUUGUGUAAUAAAUGGGGAUCAAGUUCUUCAUUUAAGGAUACUAUGAGGGAAAUUUACAAUAAAUUGAACGAACAGGGCGCUCAUUGCACUUACAACGAUAUGCACAAUACCGUUAGCAGGGACAUAUUCAGUAAAAGAAAAAUAAUAUUUGACUAUUAUUACGAUUACCGAACAAUAUGGAAGGAUUUAAAAAGUUUUAAAGAGUACUGUACACAGGUAUAUAAAUCCUAUUUGGAUGCAGCUACUACAGCUUAUAGACAAGUACAAGCAAACUGUGGUACAGGAAACCGAAAUAAUAAUGAUGACUUCUGUAAAAGAUUUAAGGAAAUGUUCGAGGAUAAUGAUGGUAAAAUUCCAAAACCUUCAGAAUUGCAGUCUAAAGCUAUGAGGGAGGACCCUGCAUCCGACAACGAAGGGGACGAAGCAAAUCUGGAUAGUUGUUUGAAACAACUGUUUUCAGUAGUUGCUGCAUCAUCAUUUGGGCACAAAGAAACGUCCUCACAUCAUUCACCACCAUCGCAGCUGAAGAGUGGUGCUGCUGCUGCUGGGAACAGCACCAACACCGUCGUUCCAAUCGUAUCUUCUGCAGUGACCGGAAUAAGCCUACCAGCAGCUGUCACUUUCUUCCUAUACAAAGUAAUCACAAUUAUAUUAGCAAAAAUGAAUAAUAAUAACAUUUUAUUCAUAUUUACUUAA